CCGAGGAGACGAAUCCCCUAACCAACACCUCAAUUUGCUUAGAAUCCCAUAAAAAAGCUUCCAAAACUCGAAUCAACCCUGGACGCUUCUUCCGAUUUCCUCCAUCCCCGUAUUACCAAAACAGCAACAAACCCUCUCUUGUUCUUCUUUUUCUUCUUCUUGGGCAUUUGAUUUUCAGCUUUUUUUAUUUUUCCCUGGGGGAGCAGAAAAAGAAAGAGGAAAAGUGGGCAAUGGGUUUGAUUCAUGAUGGAGAAGAAGAUGAGAAACGGAGUAUAUCUCGCGACGGGGUUUUGAUGGCUCCGCCGCCCAAUUUUUCCGCUGUGGAAGCUAAAUGCAUUUACCGAUCAGGAUUUCCCCAGCCCUCCAAUUUUCCCUUUCUUCACUUCCUCAAUCUCCGCUCUGUAAUAUAUUUGUGCCAAGAGCCGUACCCGGAUGAGAAUAAGGAGUUUCUUCGACUUAACAAUAUUCAGCUUUUCCAAUUCGGAAUAGAUGGCACAAAGGAGCCAUCCACUAUUCCCAUGACUACCAUAACCGAGGCUUUGAAAGUUUUAAUUGAUGUGAGAAAUCAUCCGGUCCUUAUCCAUUGCAAGCGCGGAAAGCACCGAACCGGGUGUUUAGUUGGGUGCCUGAGGAAACUGCAGAAUUGGUGUUUGUCGUCUGUGUUGGAAGAGUACAAGCAUUUCUCGGGCACGAAGUGGAGGGAAACGGACCUAAGGUUUUUGGAGACGUACGAUGUGUCGUGUGUAAGGCAUUGCCUCCAGAGCGUUAUCUAUCGCUACUACACAUCGAAGAAUAGGCGCAUACUCCACAGAGAAGAUUGCGUAAAGAAGCCGGGGAUAGCUUCUAUUUAGCGGUCGGUCGGGCAGGCAGGCAGGGGUGGAGCCAUCUUGGUUUUUAAUAUGGGAUUGGAUUCACCAAAAAGACAUUGUGGUGUUAGAAGUUGCUGCAGCAGAUUCUUCUUCUUCUUCUUCUUUUUAUAUGUUCAUUUACUUGAAAAUAGGAACUAGUUUAAUUUGUUAUAUUCCCGGCGCAAUAUAAGCUUGUUGUGCCUGUGAUUUCAUUACUGUCAAGGAUGAUGGACAUUUUACUUCCAAGGUGAAAUCAUUAAUACAGUUUCUAAAGUAUUUUAUUAUUGUUA